AUGGCAUCCCCGGCCGCCCAGCGCUCUCCGCCAGCGGACACGGCGCACAGCGAUGCGGUGCAGAGCCCGCGCAUCUCGGCCGCCAACGCGCUGGCCCGCUACGAGUACGACCCGACCCCCGGCGGCACCAAGAUGCUGAUGGUGGAGUGGACGGACGACGACGCCACGCGUGGCGUGCGCGGCGAGUGGCGCGUGUCGUGGCCCGGCUGCGAGCGCGUGCUGCCGGCGGCCGACCAGCAGCACGACGUGCACCGCAUGUACUUCCUGCUUGCGGCGGGCAGCGCGGUGCCGACGCGCGUCACGCUCACGCAUCGGCCGCAGGACGGCGACAGGGCGCCGGUGGUGUGGCAUACGAAUCCGCUGCCGGCGCUGUUCCCGCCGGAGCUGGGCGCGUCGGCGGGCAAGAAGGGCGUGCUGCACACGCUCUGGGCGAAGAAGAGGCUGCAGGUGCUGCAGCGCGAGAUCAGCGCCGAGUCGGCCGACAACGCCGAGGGCGUCGGGCUGCUCAUGGCCGUGCAAGAGCGGGAGUGGAUCGAGCAGACGUUCGGCGUCAGCAUUGCGCCGGCACCGGCAUCGGCACCGGCAUCGGCAAACGGCCCCGCGAGUCCCAGGCAUCCCGCCGGAAGAGGCCGUCUGCUCGACCGGCUCGCGGGCCUCAAGCUCAGCACCGCGACCGGGGCUACGACCAGCGCCGGCGACGGCGACGGACCCUCCACCAACCCCCUCUCGCCCGACGGCUCCGACAUCGCCAUAUCAUCCUUCUCCUCGUUCGCGCUGCUAAAAGGCGAGACCCCAUCCUCUCUCGCCGCAAAGCCCCCUCAACUAGCACAACCACAACCACAAACAACACAAACAACACAAACAGCACAAACAGCACAAACAGCACAACCAGCACAAACAACACAAACAACACAACCAGCACAGCCAACACAACCAACACAACCACCAGGCAAAGCCGCAGAAGAGGACCACGACGAUGAUGGACUGUUCGCGAGCCCGAUUGAUCCGCGGAGUCCGGAGAUGGGGCGGAGUCCUUUUUCGUUCUAG